UUCUCGUGCUCGCUCGCCCCCCUCGCUCGCUCUUUCGCACGCUCUUUCUUGCUCUGUCUCUCCGUGUGUAACCCCCACCCUUCCGGCCGCAGCUCCCCUAGGUAGCGAAAAUCUCGGCGGCUGAAUGUUUUCUUAAGGGAUUCUUCCUGCGAGCGACGCGAAAUUCGGAGAGUGGACUCGCGUCUCUGGACGUACUUGCGGACUCCGAAAUUCGUGUACUGUUGAGCCGCAAUCAUGGAAUCUGGGAGUAACUUGCCUAACCCGGUUAAUUACCCGGGCGGCGACCGCCAGCAGUUCUGUGUCUCUUGGAAUUCCCACCAGUCCAACAUGCACAGCGCCUUCCCAAAGUUGCUGAGCUCCGAGCAGUUUGUGGACGUAACACUGGCCUGCGACGGAGGUUCAAUCAAAUGUCACAGGGUUGUGCUGUCUGCCUGUAGCGAUUAUCUGGAGCGUUUGCUGUUGGAGAUACCGUGCACCCAUCCUAUCAUCUUCCUGAGAGACAUGAGGAUGUGGGAACUUCAAGCUCUAGUUGAGUUCAUGUAUCGCGGAGAGGUGUACGUAGAGCAGCAACAAUUGGCGAAACUGAUGCAAGCGGCGGACGUCUUGCAAAUACGUGGCCUGUCCAGUCAGUGUGACAACAAUUCGAGCGACAGCAACACGCAAAAUGACUCCAACGCGCCCGUCACUCCGUCACCGCCUAUGCAUGACACUUCCAAUUUCAAGACCGAGGACACCUCGGCCACCAGCGGUAACAAUUCCAACUUCCUACCAUGUUCGGCGAUGGCGACGACUAGUUUGGGAAACAGUUCGUCGCACACCGUCACGCCGGUGCCGCACAAUUCCAAUUCGUCAUCCAAUUUCGUGAACAUGGAGCACAGCGAGGCGCUGCAACAUCUGGAGAAGGCUCUGAGCGCGUGCGAGGCGACCCUCACCGAGAGUCCGGGGAUGGUGAAGAUGGAGCCUGACGAGCAGUUUGCUCAGCAGCAGGACGUCAAGCCAUAUUCCAUUAGUAUGGUAUCCAGUAAUAAUUGCAACCCCACCAGCCCGUUCUCUCCGGUCGAAGGUUAUCAAAGACGACAAAGACGCUCGGAAGAGGAACUUAAGCAAGCUUCGGACAUGGUAGCACGCGGCAUGACGUUCCAAGUAGCCUCAGAAAAGUACAAUAUACCGAUCAGCACAAUUCGAUUCUACAUGGUCAGGAAGGGCAUCUUGCAAAGGCGAAAACGCGGCCGCGGCUCGAGCAACCUCGGCAUGAAUAGCCAGCCGGGUAGCCCAGCUAGUCCGCCAUACCAUAUGAUGAAUUAUCGUUUGCCGGAGAGCCUAAAUUCCAGCCUACCGUAGUGCUGUACAAAGAAGAGUAAGGAGAAAAUGAGUUUUUCAGAGGAAGCACGGCUGCAACUGCAGUCCCCGAGAGGACUUUCGAAAGUCCGUUGUUCGGCGGGUAGUUCGAAGGUAACAACAAGUAAGAAAAGUGGCGUAACAAAGCCGAGAGAUUCUGGGAAAUCGGUUUAAUUUCGGAUCGGAAGAUCAGUGAACUUUCCGUUAAGACGUAGUGGAUGUGGACAACGGGAGCAGCAGCCCGGUGGUCGGCGGCGGCGGUCCUCGACCGUUCGACGCGAGGAACACCCGCGAGAUUUCUUUGUGCGCUUUUUGUCACGCGAAAACGUAACGGUCGAGUCGCACUACGUGCUCCGAUCCACGCUAAUACGCAUUGUAAUUAUUAAUAGAAAGCGAGAUUCCGAGUUGUUGGUGGGACUCGGUGAUCGACGCGUACGACGCGCGCGCGUGUGUUGAUCGUGACAACGUUGUCGUCAACGUUGUCGUCGCACCUGGUACACGUGUGAAUAUCAAAACGCUCGGAUUCGCCGUUUCAUCGCUACGCACUUGCCUAACAUAAUUUUUGCCCGUUCCUACCUGUUGUCAUUUGACGUACAAUAUUGCUCUCGUAAACGCGUUUUCUACGCUCGGAGAAAAAUGUUUUUUUUAGAUUCAUUUCUAUUUAUUUGAGUAAAAGUUUUAUCGUCUCACUCAAGAAAACUCUAUUAUUUGAUAGAAAGAGCGCUAUUAUUUGAAAUAAUA